AUGAAGGAAAUUGAUCUUCCAUUUGGAGUCCCUAAUUCAUCCCAUGGAUUCUACCAUGAUCUCCAUCACCAUGUUGAUCAAUUUCAUCAAGUGAAUGUGAAUGGCAAUUCCUCAUCAUCAAAUCAUCAAGUUUCUCUAACAAAUCUUGAUUCCUUUGAUGUCUAUGAGUGCAAGCCUUUUGUGGAGAAUAAUAAUGUUCAUGUUAUGGAGGAUUUCCAAUAUAAUGGAGGAGGUUUUGGUAAUUUGAACCUCACUAAUAACAAUAAUCAAAGUACUCCAUUGGAUAUCAUAGUUGGAAACCAAGGUUAUUUACCAUUUUAUCCUCUUCAAGAGACCAAGCUUACAAAUCUCGUUGUGCCGGAUGAAGUCUCAUCCAUAUCAACAAUGGGUUAUUACAAAAGGGUCAAUGGUGUCAACAAAAACAAUAAGUUAUACCCAACGUCCAAGAAGACCUACAAACUUCAAAAGAAGUCUAACAUAGUAAAGGGCCAAUGGACAGAAAGCGAAGAUAGCUUAUUGAUUCAGCUGGUAGAACAAUAUGGAUUAAGGAAAUGGUCUCAUAUUGCUCAAAUGCUGCCUGGGAGAAUUGGAAAACAAUGUAGAGAGCGAUGGCAUAAUCAUCUAAGACCUAACAUUAAGAAAGAUAUAUGGACGGAAGAUGAGGAUAAGAUCCUAAUUGAAGCUCAUGUGGAGAUAGGAAACAAGUGGGCGGAAAUUGCGAAAAGAUUGCCUGGACGAACUGAAAACUCGAUCAAAAAUCAUUGGAAUGCUACCAAGAGAAGGCAAUAUUCAAAAAGGAAGUGUAGAUCCAAGUACCCUAAAGCAUCUCUCCUUCAAGAAUACAUCAAGAGUUUAAAUUUGGACAAGAAUCCUCUAAUGGACUAUAGGAGAAAAUCUGUUAACCCUAGAGGCAAUGCUAACAAAACUAGCUCGGCCGCUUCAAGCAAAGCACCACCACCACUUUCGGCGGCGCAACCUCAGCCGAUAGGUAACAAUAGUCAAUUCUCUAUGUCGGAUCGAUUGGUGCCGAGUUAUGAUUUCAAUGAGGUAUUGCCGGAUUUUUGUUUUGAUGAGAAUUUGUUUGAAGGAGGGUGUAGCAUUGAUUCAUUGCUUGAUGACAUUCCUUGUGCUCCUAUUAUGGAUACUAGUACUAUUAAUGUUGUGGAUAAUGGUUUUGAGUGUGAUGAUAUGCAACAAGAGAUUGUGGAAUCCAUGAUGGAGGGUGAUGGAAUAAUCAAGAAGGAGAUGGAUUUGGUGGAGAUGGUGACAAAGGUCAAUAAAAAUUGA